UAUUGGUUGGUUGACAGCAAUGUCGUCGACGAGUAGCGUCUGCUCCUCGAACGACAUCGACUGUGCGGAAAGAAGGAUUCCAACGGCCAUAAGACGGGAUGUAGAGCGAUUUUCGAUGUUCAUCUCUAGGUUACGAGCCGCAUUAGACGUAAAUACAAAUGUGCCAGGUUCGGCAGAUGGAGAAUCGAUGUGCGUAAGUGUACACGCUGCAUUGGAGAUGGUGUCGGAAUCUAUGCGUGAUCUCUUCAAGCAUUCGCAGUUCAAAACCAAUCAUGUUAUUUUACCCAGUUUACAACUGGUUCAAAGCGUGAAAGAUUUGAAAUUCGACAGCGCUAUGGUGGACACGACUCGAGUGGAGAAUGUCAUCGAUCAGCUGGAGUCUGCUGUCUUAAAUACAAUAAUAUCAAGCCACGUGACUCAACCAAGCCCAAUCCGACACUCAACACUAACCCGGCGAGCGAAACAAUCAUUCGACGACACUCAAGGCAAUCUUGGCCAAACAUGA